UGCAUGAAAUUUUGCACGUUCCGGAUCGGUGUGACUGUAAUAUUUUGCCGUUUUGGGAUACUUCUGGACUAACGUUUUCAAAUCUGAUAAUUCCUAUCGAAAGAAAGUUUGAUAGAAUGGCCGAACCCGAGCAACCUAGCACGAGUGGGUUAAACGGGACCCCUCAGCCUGCCCAGCAGGCUGUGCAGCAGCCCCAGCAAGUUUCUACUGGACCCGGGAGGGGGAGGGGAAGGGGCAGGGGCCGUGGUGGUCACUCCAGAGCGAACUCUGCUGCCAACAAUUCUAACGGUGACUCACCAAAACCCUCUCCAAAACCGGCAUCAAAACCACCUUCAAAGGUGACAUCCACCGCCCAAAAAAGGAUUCAAAAAGAGCUUACAGAUAUUACUGUUGACCCACCACCAAAUUGCAGUGCUCGGCCAAAAGGUGACAAUAUAUUUGAGUGGGUUUCUAUUAUUCUCGGCCCUAAACAUUCGCCGUACGAGAGUGGCGUCUUCUUCCUCGAUAUUAGCUUCUCGGAAUCUUAUCCAUUUAAACCACCUAAGGUGACAUUCAAAACUAGGAUAUAUCAUUGUAACAUAAACAGCCAAGGGGUGAUAUGCUUAGACAUUCUAAAGGACAACUGGAGUCCGGCGCUAACCAUUUCUAAAGUCCUCCUCUCGAUAUGCUCCUUGCUAACGGAUUGUAAUCCAAGCGACCCGCUCGUCGGUAGCAUCGCCACACAGUUCGUAAAUAACCGAUCGGAACAUGAUCGAAUCGCAAAGCUGUGGACUAAACGUUAUGCGACAGGAGUAGCGAAUUACGAUCCUAAAGUACCUAACGGGAACGCUUGAGGUGCCGUCGCAUAAACUUUUCCUAACUCUUCGCCGUCAUACUUUCUAUUUAUCCAUUUACCCAUAAUGAUUGACUUUGGUGGUCUUGGAAACCAAGAUGGCCGCUGCAUUUGGUUGUCAUGGAAACUAUAUGGAGUCCAGGUAGUCUUGAAAACCCAAGGCAGUUGACGACUUAGUCUUCUGUCUUGGAAACUAAGAUUGAAUUGCUACUGUGACUUUGGUGGUCUUGGAAAUCAAGAUGGCCGCUGCAUUUGAUUGUCAUGGAAACUAUGGAGUCCAGGUAGUCUUGGAAACCAUGACAAUUGAGACUUGUGUCUUGAAAACCAAGAUGGCAUACUGUUACUUUGGUAGUCUUGGACGUCAAGUUCACAGUGGACUUUUCGACAUUGCUGAAACUGAGAUGUCUACUGACAUGGUGGUAGUCUUGGAAACCAAGAUGUCUGUAAUAUUGGUUGUCUUGGAAACUGGGAAUUAUGACACUGACGUUGGUGUCUUUAAAACCAAGAUGGCUUUGGAAUGUCACGUUGUUGUAAAGAAAACCAAGAUGGCCACUGAGUUGAUGGUCUUUGAAACCAAAAUGGACGCUAUAUUGGUGACCUUGGAAACUGGACUGGCUGUUAUUUCCCUUGAAAUGGAUCAUUUCAACACAUUUUUAGUUGGAAGACAAUGUUUUAGGUUUAAAAACCUGCAGCUAGCAGGUAUUGUAUUGGGUCGGAUUAUGUUUUAAAAUGUUUUGAACGGUUGGUGUAGUGGCAAGUUGUGAACAGCACAUGUUUGACAGGGUGGUGUUUCUAAAUGCGCUUUUGUGGAGAAAGAAUUUAGUUAAAGGGGAACAUUCAAAUAAUUCAAUGCUGGUUCACUGAGAUGGGUUUUAGCUGCGUGUACUUGUUACUCCAUUGUGUCACAAUGGAGUUUACGUUGGGGCAGUACUGUCGCAAUCAACUGGUAUCAGGUAUUUUCCUACGAGGAAUGAACGACUGUAAUGAGUCUAUGGUGUCUCGAAGAUUGACCGUGAUCAGAUAAAAUGUGACACGCUCUACC